AUGGCUCGUACUAAGCAGACGGCUCGUAAAUCCACCGGAGGAAAGGCGCCCAGGAAGCAGCUGGCCACAAAGGCCGCCAGGAAGAGUGCGCCAUCUACCGGCGGAGUCAAGAAGCCACACAGAUACAGGCCUGGCACCGUGGCUCUCCGUGAGAUCCGUCGGUACCAAAAGUCCACCGAGCUGCUGAUCAGGAAGCUUCCUUUCCAGCGUCUGGUGAGGGAAAUUGCGCAGGAUUUCAAGACUGAUUUGCGAUUCCAAAGCGCAGCCAUUGGAGCCCUGCAGGAGGCUAGUGAGGCUUACUUGGUGGGUCUGUUCGAAGACACCAACCUGUGCGCCAUCCACGCCAAGAGGGUGACCAUCAUGCCCAAGGACAUCCAGCUGGCCAGGCGAAUCAGAGGGGAACGCGCUUAA